UGCGCAUUUAUUAAAAUCUUUAUUACUAUCACGGCGCACACGCUAUUCUUAAUUUUCUUCUCGGCGCUGUCCUAUGCCGGGAACUUCGUAUCGCUACUACAUAAAUGAGGUCUAAAUUUCUGAAGCCGCCGACGUCACCUAUGGCAGCCGCAGUUGAUCUCACCACUAACAAUUCAGUUCAUUUCAACACUGGUCUCUUUCCAUUGCAUCUGUCGAUGUCAUCCGCGUCUGUGUCUGUCGAUCCUUCGAUCGAUCAGACAGGAUAUCGGACAUCUUUUGUGCCUGAAACGCAGAACUGCAAUGAGGAGUCACAAACCUGCAAACCAUACAAGUGCCCCGAUUGCGGCAAGCGCCUGGCCUCUCAAUACUCCCUGAAUCGCCAUCGCACUCUUGUUUGCCUUAAACCCCGCAACAUCACCGGCAAAUAUAAGUGUAAUGAUUGCAAAAAAAGGUACGAAUCCUUGGGGAGCCUGUCUCGUCAUCGCAAAUACGAAUGUCACGUGCCCCGCAAGUUUUUCUGCAUCUUCUGUUACAAAAAAUUCACCCAAAAAUCCAGCUUGAGUAGACAUCUGAAGAACAUACACUCCGAAAAAAUUGCCAACGAUACCGUUAAUAAAUUCGUCAAAGUAGUUCCACAACUAAGCUAUAUUAAAAGCAACAAUCUGCAUAAGCGUGAUCGAAAAAGGCAGUGUAUCCCGAGCAUCCGAAAUAAUGCUCCUGCAUUUAUUCUUGCCAAAAAAUCCACAAAUUAAGUAGAAGAAGAACAUGAGACGAUCGAUUGUGUUAUAUAAUCAGAGUCAGAGACAGUCAGAGUAUUAGUCAGAGACAAAAUGAUAAUCAGUAGUUGCUGUGGUUUUUUAUUAUGAAGAAUAAAUCUCAAGAGAAAUGAAAGUGAUCAAUCAUCGUUUAAAAAAUAUAUUGGGUAAACGAGGCUGAAUAAAAAAGGUGUUACUUUAAAAUAAGCAAAAGUUCCUUGAGAAAAAAAGAAUAAAAUAAGCUUUAAAAUUGA